UCUUUGGGAAGAGACUUUAUUCACACGGUCACACAGUGCAUGUAUGUUUUGUACAUGUGUUUCAUAAGUUAAUUUGAUUUUGAUGUUUAAAUUUGGCUUGGAAGUAUAUUUUUAUUCUCAUCGACAAUGUCUACACUAAUAUUAGAUAACGGUGCAUAUCUGGCAAAAAUUGGCCUAUCAAGUACUGAGAAACCGAAUUGCUUUCCAAAUUGUAUAAUGAAAGCGAAGAGUGAACGAAGAAAACAGUACAUCUGCAACCAAAUAGAUGAUUGUAAGGAUCUGUCAUCUCUGUUCUAUGUCUUACCCUUUCAGAAGGGAUACUUAGUAAACUGGGAUGUACAGCGGCAGGUUUGGGAUCAUGUCUUUGGGAAAGAUGUCAUGAAUCUUGAUUGUUCGGAAUCAACAAUCAUCAUCACAGAGCCCUACUUCAACUUCCUAGCCAUUCAAGAAGCUAUGAAUGAGAUAUUCUUUGAAGAGUAUAAAUUUGAUGCAAUUCUUAGGACAAAUGCUGGUUCACUGAGCGCAUACAAACGAAUUGAAGAUGAUAAAGCACAUAAGUGUUGUUUGGUUGUCGAUAGUGGGUUCUCGUUUACACAUAUAGCUCCUUAUCAUGGUAACAAGAAAAUUACCAAAGCAGUUAGAAGGAUCAGUGUUGGGGGUAAAUUAUUAACCAAUCAUCUAAAGGAAAUAAUUUCGUACCGUCAACUGCAUGUCAUGGAUGAAACAUAUGUGAUGAAUCAAGUGAAAGAAGAUGUGUCAUUUGUGUCCUUACAGUUCAACCAAGAUAUGCAAAUUGCAAAAUUAAAAGGUCUUGAGAAUACAAUUGUCAGAGAUUAUGUCCUACCAGAUUUUUCACAGAUAAAGCGAGGUUAUGUUAAAGACCCAUCAACUAAAACAAAGUCUCAUGAACAGAUUGUUAGAAUGAACAACGAGCGAUUCUCUGUACCUGAGGUACUCUUUCAUCCUUCGGAUGUCUCCAUUCAAGAAAUGGGGGUGCCAGAGGCCAUCAUCAACUCAAUAUCAGCCACACCUGAGGAAAUGCAUCCUCAUCUGUAUAACAACAUCAUCUUAACCGGUGGAAACUCACUUUUUCCAGGAUUCAGAGAACGAGUGGAGCGGGAUGUUAGAUCCAUGGCACCUCAGGAAUAUAACGUCAAUGUCUUCCUUCCAAAAAACCCUAUUGAAUAUGCAUGGCAUGGUGGAAAACUUCUCGGCCAAUCAGAUGAUAUCUUGUCUAAGAUGUGUGUGAGCAGGAAGGAAUACGAAGAGAAUGGGCAGUCAAUAUGCACAGAGAAAUUUGAUGUCUGAAUGCUGGACAGUUUGGUAUAAAGCAACAAAUAAGUGGAUGUGUAUCUUCAAGGUUGAAGGUGUGCUAUAGUUACUUCAGCUGAAACUCAUAAUGUGGUGCAGCAAAUAAAUUGUACCAAGGAAAAGUGCUAUACAAGUAACAAGGGACCUUAGGAUAUUUAUGGUCCAGUUCUUACAUGGUGACUAUUAAUUUAUUAACUGACAACUAAGUUAUAUACAGAGUUCUUUAACAUGCAUAUGAGCCAAGAAGUACACACAAGAAUUAUUUAAACUUCUUUUCCAAAAAGAUGGUGCUUAGUAUAUUAGACUUGCAUUUCAGUUGAAACAAAAGGAGAGUGGUGAUAAUUGAACCAAAGAAUCUCUACAGUUCAGCUGACAAAGUUAUGCUGCUCUCAGUACUGUUGCUUCUAGGCUAUGGAGCAUCCUAAAUGUACUUCAUUAAUUUAGUGGACCUCUCAAAUGAGAGCGGCUGGGCUUACCAUUAUCAAUAAUAGAUUGCGUCAGUAGACAGUUCAAAUUAUUCCAAUGCAUUCCUCUCCCACUCCUUGAGCUAAAAUAUUGAUAACUAUGGACAGUAUUGUUCAUUUUGUAAGAUUUUUUUAAAUAAUGAUAUAAAAUUCAGUGCAAAAAAAAAAUGACUACAAAGUGUUUUAUAUUUCAUGAAAAUUUUAUUUUCUCAUUUAAAUCAAAUUUGCCAAUUACAAUGUCAUGUGAUGCUUAGGUAGUGUCAUUUGUAGUUAAAGUCUUGGAAAUUACAAGAUGAUACCAGGACUCUGGAAUUAAAAGCCAAGCAUUUCCAUCACCAAGUUACAGUCUCUACCUGUUACAAUACUAUAACUCAGUUAAUAACAAAUGUUAUUAAAAAUUAAAUAAAAUGUGCCAAGACAGAUCACAUUAAAAAGUUUAAAUCUCUAACCACACUUCUGAAUAUUACAAAUAUACUUUACUAAAAUAUGACAUUCAAGCUUACUAAUAAAGUGCCAUGCAAACCGAGGGUGCUAUAUAAAACAUAACCACCAUUCUGUCUUGUAAAAUCCAAAAUAAAAUUACAAUCACUCAUAUCAAAUAUAUUAAAAUUUUAAAAAAGUCAUUUAAAUAAUUAAUCCAUGCAUUAUAUACAAUCAAUACAAAAAAAA